AUGUCACACUCGAAGCAACAAGGGAAGACCUCUGACCCGGUGAAGUCAGUAGGACUCACCCCAAGCCAGACAGAGCGCCUUGUGAUGGGAUACCUAUGCAUGGAAAAGAACAAGGUUAACUGGAAGAAGCUUGGGGAGCUUUGCAACGUUAAGCCUUCCUCUGCCAGAACCGUUUUCACCGAGGCCCGACGAUGCCUCGAGAAAUGGGAGGAACAGAGAAUCGCUGCAGUGGCUAUCAAGGAAGCCGAGGAAGUGGAAGAGGUUGAAGAAGUUGAAGAAGCUGAGGAGGAUGAGGAGGAUGACAAGGAUUCUGAUGAGGCUGUGGAGGCUGCACGCGGCCAUGACACUGAGGGUUAG